AGGCGGCUCCUGCUAGGAGCUCAUGCAGCUGUGACUUUAAGCUGGAGCCAGUGCUCACUUCCAUUUAGAAAAUCCUAGGCCGGUAAGAGUGAUGCUCCGUCUGCUCUACCUGUGUCUGAAUGUGCCACACGGCUUCCUGCAUAGUGUGAGCCCCUGUGGAGACCUGCUGCUCAGAAAAAAGGAUUCUUCCCUAACCUUCCUGCUCGCGACAAGGCGCCUGGUCACCAGGGGCGCUGGGGGAGACGGGCCAGAUGAAUGUUGUUUUCAUGCCUUUCUGCAGCUCUUGGGUCAAGGACUAACUUUGACUCCCAAGUCUCACUGGGAAGAAAAACCACAUUUGUAAGCGAUCGCUGCCGUCGUGGUUCCUCUGAUGGAUCGGGGAGAAUAAAUGGAAAAGGUCUCCCCGUCCCAGCUGCCACUGAGACCCUGAGGGACUCCUGGGAGGCAGUCACAGGCGUCUGGGAGAAGCCGAUCUGAGGGCUCCAGACCUCCGAGAGGAAGUGCCUGCACGUGUGGUGGGAGCAGCAGAAGGAGCAGGACGUGGAGCCUGAGGACGCGCUGAAUCGCUGCAAACUCAGGACAGAGCCUGAGUGAUGAGGAGGAGCUUGCAGAGGAGCAGAGAGAGGGGUUUCGGGAGACGGAGCCCACCCUGUGACGAGGCUGUGAGGACGGUGAGAUGGCGACAGAGGAUUUAGAGCGUCACGUUGAGCGUGGCUGGCAGACCAGUGCUGGGUUUGAGGACGGGCUGCAGUUCUGAAAGAGGUUUGUGGGUGAUGCUGCAGCCGCAGGGAGGCUGUGCUGAGGAGUCGGCCAUGCGGAGAACGUCACUGCUGUCUUACUCUGAGAAGCCGCCACCGCCCCAGCCUCCGUAACCACCUCACAGUCAGCCGCCAUCACCGCCACACAAGACCCUUCAGCACAGAGAUGGCGGCUUGCUCAGAAGAUGGCUAACUCUGAUGAAGGAUUUUUAAUUAAGGGAUGCACUGUGGUUGCUAGACGCACGCUAUCACACACUUAGUAGACUACGGUGUGAGGCGAACCGUCCUUGUGGGCACUGGGACCAGGGCAUUCAAGCGAUCACUUCCUGGCGACCCCUGUUGUGUGUGGGUCUGGACCUCGACUGUGUCCCCCAGGUGCGCCUGUGUACUUCCUGCAGAGGCUCAGUGCGCGUGACUCACUUUAAAACAAGGGAGAUGAGUAACCCUGACGGAGCUGAGAAGUCCACGUGCAGAAAGGGCAUGCGUCCUGCUGUUCCCACGGGCCUCAGAGGCACCAGCUGCACUGAGUGGGCGUCAACCCCACUGGCUUCCAGCAUCGCUUCGUCCUUUUACCUUUAAAACGAACUCACAUUGACCAGCAGCAGCUGGGCCGUUGGCUGGGGUGCUGCGCUCGUGCUGAAAUCUGACAUCUGCGUGCGGCGACCAACCAUGUUGGCAAAGCAGCUGAUGCCGCAUGAGACGCCACAAGACCGACUCCAGCCCACGCCCCGGGGAGCACGGAGAGCCAGGGGACGGACGGACAGCCUGCCUCUCCACCUCAGGGCACUGUCGGGGGAAGACCCCCAAGGCAGUCAGCAAGUCAGAGACGGCCACCCAGAUGGACGGACAGAUGGACGGAGCCCAGUGCGCAAGAUCCGAGGUGGGAGAAGAGAUCACGGCCACAGGCGCACGUCCGGGCCCAGCACCAGCAAGGGAACCGGCCACCACCUGUGGCCUCGGAGGAAGCCCUAAGCAUCACCAGACCCGGGCCUGGUCCAGACACACCUUGUGGCCACAGUCCGACGACAAGGACACACAGUCCCAACGUCUCUCCCUUUGGCGCCACAUGGAGCUGACGGCCGCGCCCCCACCUCCUGGACCUCGGCCAUUCGCUCCUCCUGACAAAGGAGCUGACGACGCCUUCCAGGCAGAGAAGGAGGAGGCGGGGCCGGAGGCCUGUCAAAGCCGUGGUGGCGAGUUGCACCCGGAGGCCCUGGGACAAGCUCGGGUGUGGAUGAGCAGGCUGGGCCCUGCACCAGGUGGGAGCCGCGCGGGAAGCACAAGAGCAGGUGGCGCCCUCACGGACAGCUGGCCAAGCGCAGGCCAAGCAGGCGCCCAAGCAGAGGAGAGUCCGGGACGGAGAAGCCUGGCACCUAGACACACAGCGAGCCCACCCUCGGGACGUCCACGCAGACGACGUGCUUGGGGACAACCACCUGAAGCCAGGCUCCCGGGCAACACGAGGGGGAAGGCUGAGGGGUGGGGAGGCCUCAGCCUGAGGCACGAGCGCCUCUCCUCCCCUCUGUCCAAGGACACAGCGGCACGCAGCGGGGCGAGCACCCCCCCCGCCCCCGUUCUUCCCGAGAAGUGUCCCUGAGCACCUGUCACUCUCCCCACGGGGCUCCCUGGGCAGCAGCCAGGCCGAGCCUCAGAGACCCUGCAAGGACACAAAAUGACGCGCGGUCAGGCAGGCUCUGCAGGUCUGCAGACAGGAGGCCGAGGGCACCCCCAGCAGCAGGAGGCCCGGCCCCGAGCUGCAGCCACCACGUGGCCAGUGGAGCCGACGCUCAGCAACAUGGCAACACGAGGCGUUCUGAAGGCGCAGGAGGGGACAGGGCGGCUCUCGAACCCGGCCAUGUCCUCCACCAGCACCGCGCUCGGGUCCACCGGGGUCACAGGAGACACAGCAAACACAAGCCUUCCUCUGCCCCCAAAGGCCUGGCCAAGCUGAGGCCCCCGGCCGGGCUCCCCCACCCCCUCCAGGCCUCCCGGGCUCACCCCGGCCACAUGUGGAAGAGGUGCCCCGUGGGGUGGCUGAGGCGACUCUGCAGAGAAAGCUCACCAAGGCCAGGCCUUCAGCUGGAACGGCCUGCACGGCCAGGGCCCCAAGCCCCGGGUGUGACAGCCAGACCCACCCCACCACACCUCACUGCACCUUAAAGAACCUUCUGGCCCUAGCUGAUUUAGCUCAAUGGACAGAGCCUCAGCCUGCGGACUGAAGGGUCCCG